GUUAAACAACGCCUAACUAAAGAUGGCAGCGCCCAUGGACCUAGCAACAGCCGCUGCUACUGGCGAUAAAAUUCUUGUUCAAAAUCUAAUUGAAAGAGGAGCCAACAUUAAUGGUCAAUCCAAAGACGGAUUUUCACCCUUGUGCAACGCUGCCUUCUGGGGCUAUAGUGAUAUUGUUGAGUGUUUAUUGUUGAAUGGGGCAAAUGUGAACCAGUGCAAUGGUGGAACGAGGUGGACGGCUUGCCACUGCGCUGCAUUCCAAGACCACGGUCGAGUGAUUAUGAAACUGUUGCCUUUUAAACCAGACCUCACUCUGAAGGAUAGCAAAGGAAG